AAAGCUCGGACUCUUCCCUCCCUCCAAUCCGAAAAAAAGCAUAGAAAAGGGAAAGAGAUAAAAAAAAAAAAACCCCUAUUCUUUCUCAAAUCUCUCUGUCAGCUGCAUUUUUCAUCAUUUUCGCGGCUCCGGUAACGUCGAGAAUCGGGGCGUCCGCUCCGAUCUCUGGGAUUUUCCCGGCACUACAGCUUUAGAUCUUUUUGUGGAGGUUUUGAAGCCUUUCGGAUCUGGAAAUGGCGGGAAAUUGAGCGAAUUCGAGACGAAUUUUGUUCGAUAUGGUUAUUAGGUCGAGAGUGGAGGCUUUCGUCGCGAUCUCUUGGGGUUUGAAGGGUUUAGAUGAGGGAUUUCGAUUGAUUUGAUGUAAUCUGAUUAUCUUGUUGAGAUUCAACGUCUUAGAUCUGGAAAUGUGACGAAUUUGCCGAAGAUUGAGUGUCAGAUCGAUGCUUGAGGUAUCGAUUCGGUAUUUAGGGUUUGUUUCGUGCAUUCUGUUUAUUUUCUGGUUAUAUGGCAGUGUUAGAUCUAUAAAUGCGAUGAAUGUGCUGUGGAUCGGUUCUCAGAUCGAACUUUGAGGCUUUUGACAGGAGAUUAGGUCUAAUGUGGAUCUCACCGAGUAUUUUGGUUGGAAUUUGCUGUGUAUUGAUUAUAAGGUAGAGAUUCGAGGUUUCCAUUCGGUUUCAAUAAUUUAUUGUGGGAAUUUUUUUUCUUUCGUUUCUCUUUUAUGCGGUGAAUUUUCUGUAUAUCAAUUAUCGGAUCAAGAUCUUAGGAAUUUAGCCAGAAAUCUGAUGAACGUGAAAUAUUGAGAGGUUUUCUGCUUUUGUCGGAAUUGUGUGGAGUUUCUGGGGUUGCGUGUUGGGAAGUGGUUGAUGAUUGGGACGCAUUUUGUUUUUGGAAGAUUAUUGAGUGGAGUUUGUGAAUAUUCAGAGACUCCGCCACAUUGUAACACCUCAACGCGGAGCAACUCUGAGAGAUAUCAAGAAGGGAAGAUGAUCGAACAAUUCAUCAAUUUCGUAAUCCGGCCUCCUAGGACACAGUAUAAUCCGGACCAGUAUUUAUGGGAAGAGGAAUUCAGUCUUGGAGGCAGAAAGUACAAACGGCAAGACUUGGAGCUUCAAAAUCGAAGAAGCCAUACUUUGAAGUGCAGCCAUUAUGUUCCGUCAACUUUCCCGGAAAGCACUCCCCUACCAUGUGUCAUUUACUGCCAUGGAAAUAGUGGCUGUAGAGCAGAUGCAAAUGAUGCAGCUGCAAUCCUACUUCCUUCUAAUAUUACUGUAUUUACUCUUGAUUUUUCUGGAUCGGGCUUAUCUGGUGGAGAUUAUGUCAGCCUUGGUUGGCAUGAGAAAGAUGAUCUGAAUACAGUGGUUUCUUUUCUACGGAGCAACCAGCAAAUUUCAUGCAUAGGGCUUUGGGGACGAUCAAUGGGUGCUGUCACGAGCCUUCUUUAUGGUGCUGAAGACCCCUCUAUUGCCGGGAUAGUUCUGGACAGUGCUUUCUCUAACUUAUUCGAUCUAAUGUUGGAGCUUGUGGAUGUUUACAAAAUCCGACUUCCAAAAUUUACAGUUAAAAUGGCUGUUCAGUACAUGCGGCGUAUCAUCCAGAGAAAGGCCAAAUUUGACAUUAUGGAUCUGAAUUGCUUACAGGUUGCACCCAAGACUUUCAUUCCAGCUUUAUUUGGACAUGCCAAAGAGGAUACAUUUGUUAAUCCACAUCACUCUGACCGCAUCUUCAACUCCUACGCGGGAGAUAAGAACAUUAUUAAAUUUGAGGGAGACCAUAACUCCCCCCGACCACAAUUUUAUUAUGAUUCUGUCUCCAUUUUCUUCCUCAAUGUUCUUCACCCUCCACAAGUUUCUUCAGCAUGUUCGAGUAAGCUCGAGAAGUACUAUGAUUUGGGGGACUUGAAGGUCGGCGCGGGUAUGGAUGAGAGCUUGUUAUAUGAGAUUAUCACUGGUAUUCGUUCGGUGGGUAUGGAUGCUGCUAGCUCAUCAGCACACCCUCCUUGCAUUUCAAAUGAUCCAGCUACAAAAUCAGUUGUUGAAUUGCUUUCUGAGUCUGGAGCUUUAGCAGAUGCCAUGGAUUCCCCGCUGGAUCAAGGUAACACUAAUAUGAAAGCAGACGGAAAUGAUGGUGAAAGCCCGCCUCAUUUGCAGGAUAAUGCUAAUGGGCAGAAUGAGGAAUGCUGUUCCUAUUCAAGCUCAAACCGUGAGAGUUGGGGAAGAUGUUCCUCGCUUGGGGGACACAGCGACGAGGAGUCUUCCAUAGAUUGCAUACAGAAUACCAACAACAGGCAUCAGACAGCUCUCAGCGCCCUCGCCACCCCUCUUAGAAGGAUACAAGGCAAACCGAGUGGCCUGCCGAAGGAGAAGAAGCAGGACCCACCCAUCCAAAAGAAGCCAAAGCGGGAGAAGUUAGAGACACUGAGUCAAAGAAUACGCCGCUGCAUCCCGAAGAGAGUGAGACACAAGCGGCAUCUAUCCACGUGACCGACACUGUAUCAUAGAAAUGUCUGUAACUGUAAUUGCCUUUUUCCUCAUGUUUUCUCUCUUUCUUUCUUUCUUCUUCUUCUUCUUCCCUUUUUUUUUCAUGUGUAGAACAGCCGUUGGUUUCUUCUGUUGUUGCAUGGGAUUUGGGUAUAUGGUUUGGAUUCUUCUUUCUCACCAAGGGUUAUUUUGGUCA